AUCAUCGGCAACACCGUCAAAGAACCAGGUGACCAUUACCGGACUGCCGGAGGGCGUUGAACAGGCGCGCAUCCAACUCCGCGCUCUCACCCCCGUCAUCAUCUGCCUCGAGAUACCGCCGUUUGUGCCGCGGGACGAACUGCGCAUGACGCCGCUCAUCCAGAACACGGCCGAGCGUUACGCAAUCACCGUCUUCUUCAAGCAGCACAGCGGACGCGUGUUUGUCAUGUUUAAGGGCCCGCGCGGGCGCGCGUCUGUGCUGGAGGAGGCGGCGCGGCACGUGCUGUCCACGUGGCACGUCGACCCCUCGCUGCGGUCGUACACGCUGCAGUUUGACAUCUCCUCUGUGCACCACGCCGCCCUCAUUGGCCACGCCCACCACGGCGCCGUCGCCCAGCUCAUGCAGCGCACAAACACAAAGAUUGUGUUUCUUGACCCCGGCCACGGCUCGUCGCUGCAAGUGACCGGUCGGCGCGAAGACGUGAAGCUCGUGCUCUGCCAGAUGCAGACGCGCCUCCCAAUCUCCAUCACUUUUGACAUCCCGCCCGACGGCACCAAGGCCCUCAUGGAGUUUGCAGAACAGAACCACCAGUCGUCGCUGGAGACGGCGCUCGCCGCCAUUGUGGAUCAAUUUCCCACGAUUCGGUGCGCGUUUAAGCUGACGGGCCAGCUGCUGACCAUUACGCUGCGCGGCAUUGAGGCCGCCGUGUCCCAACUCUACCAGGCCAGGCGCGCCCUUCUCAUCAGGGCCCGCGUUCGCCAGGUGCAGAACUUUGGCUAUGGCGACAUUGAUAUCGACGCUGAAGACUUCAACACCAUUCUCUACGACCCAAAGUUCGCGCCGCCGUUCAAAGUGGACACGUUCAGCGACAUCUUUGAGCACCGCGAGUCGCCCGCGCUGCCGGAGUACGAUGCGCCAGACCCAUCCUUCCACGUGCUCCCACACCACCAGCACCACCACCGCCACAUGCACCACCACCACCCUGCUCCACCACCGCAGCUGCCGCCCCACCAACACCACCCGCACCAGCAUCACCACCAGCACCACCCACAGCCGUUCCACGGCCAUCCCCACCAGCCGCCGCCGCCACAGCCGCACCAGCACCAGCACCAGCACCAGCACCAGCAGAACAUGUACGCGUUUGCAUCUCCCGCAGCGCCGGGCCUCGCACCGCCCAACUUCUCACGGGGAUCGACGUCGCCGCAGCCGCCCGCACACGGCGUCGCGCCGUACGACGUGUCUGCCAACGGCGCAGGCAUGAUAGACGCAUUCACAGCGCCGUACCAGCAGCCGCACGCAUACGCACAGGACGCGCUCGUGUCGCAGGCUGCCAGCAUGCACCUUGGCCCCGUGCACCAGCCCUUCCCACAGCACCACCAGCACCACCAGCACCACCAGCUGCAGGGUGGCGCACCAUUCGUUGGCGGUGACACGUCCUCGCUGUGGCAGUCCACAUCGACGGACGCUGACGUGUAUGUACCACCCCCCAGCAACCCUUGGCACAACCAGCCGCCGCUACCGCCGCCAUCGUCGCAGCAGCACCAGCCGUCCAACACCAUCACCUCCCCUGCUGCCACAGACGAGGUGGGCGUUGUUGGCGCGCCCAUCAACACCCCGUCCUCAACAGCAGCAUCAGCAAUGGCCAACGCCUCCACGACACCACCAACAGCAGCAGCAACAACAGACAGCAGUGGCAGCGGCGGCGUCACGGAUGAUGCUGGCCUCAACCCAUACGCCCCAAUCCCAUCCAAGGCCAGCAGAGACAAGCUCAAGGACAUUGACUACGAGCACCGCCGCCUCCUUGCGGAGCGCGCCGUCAUGCAGCCAGACUCCAGGCCCGUCCGCGUCCCAACAAACCUGUUUGUUGGCGACGGGUUUUCGCGGUCGAUGCCUGCGCACGAGAUCAAGCGACUGCGGGCACUUGAGGCGCAGCAGGCGGAGGCCGCCGCAGCCCAACACACUGGCGAUGACAACCCAUCCACGUCGGCUCCCAGUGACGCCGCCGCUUAUGGCACUUCUGCCACCAACACCAACACCAGCACCGUUGGUGGCGGGUACGCGGCCAUGCCGUCCUCCUCAUCGUCGUCGGUGAGGCACGAAUCACACCGCCUCUUCUCGAGCGCAAUUCUCCCCAGCGGCAGCCUCGCCCGCCACGAACAGCUGGAGACGCUGCCGCCGCUGCCGGAGCCCGUGCUGUCGGCAAUUGGAUCGAAGCAGCUGUCACCACCGUCAUCCAGCAACGCACACUCGCCCAACCCGCCAACAACAACGGGCACUGCCACGCCCUCCUCGCAACCCACGGCGACCAACAGCAACGCCAACAGCAACAACAGCAGCAGCACGUCCUCCCUCACGCCAUCGCGCCCGCCAUCACAGACCACCGCGUCAACAGCAGCGCCAGCAACAUCAACGGCGCCUCAAACAUCGUUGUCCACGUCGUUGCUGGCGACGGCACCGGGGAGCGGCGUGUCGACACCCGGCAGCAUGGCAUCGCCUGUGAUGACACGCGCGCACACGGGUGCAUCGCAGUCGGGCACGCCGGCACAGAGCGCAAUGCACCUCCUGCAGUCGCCCAGCCGCAGCCACGCGCCCGUCACAGAGGAGAUGAAAAAGUACUGGAACGUGCGUUCGCUGCCGGAGCUCCUGGCGAAACUUGGCCUCAACAGCUACGAUUCGCUCUUUGCCAAGGAGGAGAUUGACCUGGCCAUCUUCCUCACGCUCACGGAGGACGAUCUCAUCAACAUUGGCGUGACCACCUUUGGCGCCCGGCGCAAGAUGCUGCUCGCCAUCUCCAACCUUAAGGAAAUGAACGCGGAGGACCAGAGCUUCCUCGGGAACAUCUACUCCCUGUCCACCUCCCUCUCCGUCUCCCCUUCCUCCUCCCUCAACUUUGGCAGGAGCGCGUAGACCAAACACGCUCCACGCGUUGCGUCAUGUUACCCGCCACCGUCACCACCACCAGCACGACCCAAUCACUCUCCCUCAAGGCCCUUGUUGCUUCAUUCUUUGUGACAGCACUCGUUUUGACGUGCUCCCAUCGCAGCACUCGCUUCUUCAUCAUCACCAUCAGCACAGCGCUAUCAUCAUCGUCAUCGUUGUGGUCAUCGUCGUCGCCAUUGUUUGUGGCCACCAUGAACCUUGCGUCUAGUUCGCCUUCUUUGUUACGUGUUUUUGUUUCUCUCUCUCUCUCUCUGACACUGACACUGCACUGUGUUUCUGUUCGUGCCGCUCUUGUUGCUGUUAUCGAAUCGCCAGAGCGCGCCGCUUGUUCUCGUUCGCCUUGAGGUUCCACGACCUUGCUUUCCUGCUCAUCUACCUUCGUCCUCCUACGUCUCCGCAUGGUCGCACUGCGCGUGCAAUUUGCGCCCGUGUGUUGUGCAGGCGCGCAGAUGUCGUUGCUUGCGUUUGCACUCGACAACGCACACGCGCGUGCGAGUGGCAACUCCUUUCUGCUUCCCACCUGCACACCCGCUCACACUCUCCAUGGCAUCCUUUUCAUGACUUCGGUUUUCUCGUUUGAUUUUUCCUCCCAGUGGUUUUAGUCUGUAGCUGUUGUUGACCAUCGCCUCACUUUCUCAUCCACUCGUUUUUCUCUUUCUUACCACCAAGCACAUGCACGUGCUUCUUCGGCAUUGGGGUUGUCCUUCUUCGUUCUUCCCCCCAAGCAACACCUCCAAGCAGCGCCCACAUCAUUGCUGUUCGCAACUGGAUUGCUGAACAGCAGCAGCAACAGCACGUCGGAGGUUUUGCACCAGGCAGAGCCAGCAGUACUGGCUGCCACGCCUGGGGAGACAGCGGGGUUUACUGCUUCCCAGCACGCUGUCUCUUGGUUGCCCAACAACGAUUCUUGCACGCAGCACACCCAGCUGCCACACGUGUCUUGCAGUGUGCUGGCUGUUGUCGCGAUGAUGCACUCUCAUCGCUGUUCGUUUGCUUGCUUGCGUUGCUGUGUUAUGCAUCAUGCUAUGCUGCCCUUCGGUUUGUUAGUCGUUUCCGACCCGUCUCUGAUAUCACAACCCCUGGUUUUCGUCGUCGUCAUGUGUUUGUGUGUCCCUCGUGCUUGUUCUGAUCAUUGUGGUUGUGUUGGUUUUUUUUUUUUUCCCCUGGCGCUUUCUUGUUGACCUAGCGUAGCAUACUCCCUCCUCCUCCUCCUCCUCCUCCUCCCCCUCCUUACGUCACCCUACCACUGAGUGAACAACACCAACAAGGCA